UAGGUAGCCUACAUGAGAAGUUGCAAAUGGAUAGGAUAGGCUACACAUCGCAAAAGAAGGAUGGCAGAAGCGACUCCGAGUAACCAGGACCUUUUUACAUGCCCGAUUUGUCUUGAUCUACUGAAGGAUCCAGUGACUGUUAACUGUGGACAUAAUUACUGCAUGAGCUGCAUUAAACGCUACUGGGAUCUGGACGAUCAGAAUGGAGUCUACAGCUGUCCCCAGUGCAGACAGACGUUCACUCCGAGACCCGUUUUAAACAAAAAUAACGUUUUUGCUGAGGUUGUGGAACAGUUCAGGAAGAGCAGAAUUCAACCUGUUGUUCCUGCUCCUGUUGUAUGUGCUGGAGCUGGAGAUGUGGAGUGUGACGUCUGCACUGGGAGAAAACUCAAAGCUGUGAAGUCCUGUCUGGACUGUCUGUUGUCUUACUGCGAAACUCACUAUAAAGCUCACAAUGAACUUAAUCCUGGACGAAAACACAAGAUGGUGGAUGCCACUGGUCAGCUACAGGAGAGGAUCUGCACCCAGCAUGAGAAGCCUCUGGAGAUAUUCUGUCAUACAGACCAUAGCUGUGUUUGUUUAUUCUGUCUGGUGGAUGAACACAAAGGCCAUGACACUGUGUCACUGUCUGCAGGGAGAAAGGAGAAACAGACACACUUGGGAGAGACCCAGAGCAGAUUUCAGCAGAGGAUACUGCAGAGAGAGAAGGAGCUGCAGGAGCUGAGGAAGGCUGUGGCGAUGCUCAAGAGUUCUGCACAGAUAGCAGUGAAUGGCAGUGAGAGGGUCUUCUCUGAGAUGAUCCGCUUCAUUGAGAGAAGGCGCUCUGAGGUGACAGAGCUGAUCAGAGGUCAGGAGAAGGCUGAGGUGAGUCGGGUUGAAGAACAUCUGGAGCAACUGGAGCAGGAGAUUGCUGAGCUGAAGAGGAGAGAUGCUGAGCUGGAGCAGCUUUCACACAUAGAGGAUCACAUCCAUUUCCUCAAGACUUUUCGGUCAGUGAGCAGCACACUUGAGACUAAAGACGUGUCCAGUAUCUAUGUUAACCAAAGUCUUUCGUUUGAGGCUGUGAAGAAAUCUGUCUCCUCGCUAAAAGGGCAGCUGGAGGAUUUCUGCAAAGUGGAAGUCAUGAAGAUAUCUACAGCAGUGGCUAAAGUCCAGGCUAUGUUGCCUGCUGAACCCACAACCAGAGAGGAUUUCCUACAAUACUCCUGUCAGUGCACACUGGAUUCAAACACAGCUAAUAGAAAACUCCAUCUGUCUGAGGGGAACAGGAGGGUGGAGGGGAGAAAAGAGGUCCAGUCAUAUUCUGAUCAUCCAGAGAGAUUUGAUGGGUGUUUUCAGGUGCUGAGUAGAGAGGGUGUGUCUGAACGCUGCUACUGGGAGGUGGAGUGGAGUGGGGAGGUUUAUAUAGCAGUCUCAUAUAAAAGCAUCAGCAGGAAAGGAGGGAGUGUUGAGUGUGUGUUUGGAGGUAAUGAUCAGUCCUGGAGUCUGGUCCUUCACAGUUCCAGCUGCUCUUUCUGGCACAAUAAUAAAGAAACUAAACUCCCUCUAGUGGCCAGCUCCAGAAUAGGAGUGUAUGUAGAUCACAAGGCAGGGACUGUGACCUUCUACAAUGUCUCUGAGACAAUGACCCUCCUGCAUAGAGUCCAGACUACAUUCACUCACUCACUCUACCCUGGGUUUUGGCUACAAAAUGGAUCAUCAGUGAAGCUGUUGUGAGUAUUCUCAGUUGGGUAUUGGUCUGGUAUGAGCUGCAUGGCCCCUGCUGCAGUAGGAGGCAUUAGUGGUUCAGCUUUGGGAACUGGGCUCAGACUCCUCACAAAUGCACUGAGGAAAAUAAAGGAUAAGUAGUGUAGUGAAGGUCAAAAUUCAGUAAAUAAAAAUGGCCAGUAAGAUACUGAAACAUAAUCAUAAAAGUUUGAACGUUUACCUGAAGGUUGUAAUUCACUUUCACACAACACUCAUCAAUAGAGUUACAGUAAUACAUUGUGUAAACGUCAUGUGUUACUCUCUGUAUCUACAACAUUUUGCACAAAAUAUUUAGAACUUGUAAUACGGAGACACUCUGAAUGUAAUCAGCUGUGAUUGUAAAGUCAGCGUCUGAUUGUCCUGUCUGUCCUUGUAGAAAUAAAAGGUUUGUUUGCUACAGUA